UUGCCAGUUACCAGAAAUAGAGACGGCGAAGAAGAAGAAAGUGACGUACUUCCUGUAGUAGACCAGCCGCCGUCGGGUCUUUUUGGUCUGAGAAGAAAAAAACUUAACUUUAACGACAGGCAACGUCAAGUCGUGCGAGACAACCCGGGAACACAGCGAUUCUGAAUUGCCGAGUGAGUCGAUACUCAUUCAACUUUGUUCACGUAAGAGCAAAAGCUAAACUAGUGUUCCAGGUCGAGGUGCCUCCGAAGAUAUCGCUAUGGCUAAAGUACAAGUGUUAAAUGUAGCUGUGCUGGACAACCCGAGCCCAUUUGGAAAUCCGUUUCAGUUUGAAAUAACGUUUGAAUGCAUGGAGGAUUUGCCAGAAGAUCUGGAGUGGAAGAUCAUCUAUGUCGGUUCAGCUGAGAGCGAGGAAUACGACCAGGUUCUUGACUCUGUUCUAGUUGGCCCGGUACCGGCUGGCAGACAUAUGUUUGUGUUUCAGGCUGAUGCUCCUAACACAGGGCUGAUUCCAGAGAGUGACGCUGUAGGAGUGACUGUUGUCCUUAUAACCUGCACCUACCGUGGACAGGAGUUCAUCCGCAUUGGUUACUAUGUAAACAAUGAGUACACAGAGCCUGAACUACGAGAAAACCCACCUCUCAAAGCAGACUACACUCAGCUCCUUAGAAAUAUUUUGGCCUCCAACCCCCGUGUCACCCGCUUCCAUAUCAACUGGGAGGGAUCGGCAGACAAGAUGGAGGACAGCGAGAAUGUUGACCCGUCCCCCAACAUCAGCGGCAUGCUUCCUCCGUCCUGCAUACCAGGAAAGAUGCCACCUCUUGGACUGAUGCCGGACAACUCCAUGGACUGCAUGUAAGAAUCAUCAGAUAUGGAUAAUGGACAAGAAGCUCUUAUCUGUACACUCACCCGCAUCGCAAACACACAUUUGGACCAGGAGGCCAUGGAUUCAUCCUGUCGACAUUAACAGGCAGCAGGGACAUUAUUUUUUAUACAGCAUACACAAAUGGGAUGGAUCUGGAUUUGUUACUGUCUCUUGUGCCCUCUCUCUUUCAACACGCACACAGACCUGCACAACCAACGCUGCCUUAUUUUACUGUAUCUGUCCGAGAUAAUGUCAAAGCUGAGUUGGAGAGUCCUCAAGUUAGGUCAAUCUUAAGACCGCCGAGUCCUCACAGCCCCGAGACUUGCAAGUCAUACUCGUACACUGAUGUUGUCCUUUUGGUACCCAUACUGUGCUGUUCAUUUUGUCCUCAUGAGCACAGAUCAAAGCUAUAAGCAGUGCUCUGUAUGUCAGAAUAGAUGUAGCACUAGCUGCUUAAAAUAAAGCAUUUUAUUGUUCUGAUGGUUUAUCUCUUCUGAUGUAGAUUUGUAGCAUCUGGAGUACCUGUGGAAAAAUAUGGGCCAUGUUCAGUGGCCUGUUGCAAGAAGUAGCUUCUUUUGCUGUUAUCUGGAUAGCUUAUGCAGAGUACAAGCGUGUGUUUUGCAAGUUUCACCCUUGAGUUAUCCAGAUAACUCCUAUAAACCUGUCUCUUCAAACAGGCCCCCACUUCAGAUAAUGUUCUUUAAAAUGUUACAGAAACUGUCCGUCUGUAAUUAUGCACAAAACAUGUAGGUAAAAGAAACAAAAGAGAAAUGGAUUCCGUGUUCAGCCAUGUUUUUUCGGAUGGUUUAGGCUUACUGUAAAUAAUGUUUUCUUAGCGCUUAUUUUGUCUUCAAGGUGGGAAGGCAUAUUUUCUUUUUAUACUUACUAUAUAUUCUCUGCCUCAGUAUUUGUAACAACAGUGAUGGGGUUAAUAAAGUUUGUUUUGUGAACAUA